GUCAGAGGCGUGACGUUUGUGAUUUUCUGGAAAUCAGUGAAAUGUGGAUUUUGUCUAGGUAAUUUUAUCAUCACGCACCUUGAUUUGUCUAUGAAAUGAAAUAAGGUAGCUUAUUGCAUCACAUAUUUCUCUGAAGCAGAUCUGAGUUGCUCUCAGUCCCAGGAAGAGUGAGCGAAGUGCGGCCUGCACUAUGAGCGGGGCAGCGCUGGGAAUAGAGAUUGUGGUUGUCUUUUUCCUGGCUCUCUUUCUCCUGCAUCGCUAUGGCGACUUUAAGAAGCAGCAGCGCAUGGUUCUCUUUGGCACACUGCUGGCUUGGUAUUUGUGCUUUCUCAUCGUCUUCAUUCUUCCCCUGGAUGUCAGCACGACAAUCUACAAACAGUGUUUAAUUGAUCAGGAAGCACAUGCCCAGACGCCCUCUGUGAGCCCUGUCCUUUCAAACCAGACGACUCCAAAUACCUCUGUCUCACCCAGUAAAAGCACUGAACAUGUGUGCUAUAAACCAUGGAGCUACAUUCCAGAUGGCAUCAUGCCAGUGUUCUGGAGGGUUGUUUAUUGGACCUCACAGUGUCUUACUUGGCUCCUUCUGCCAUUCAUGCAGUCAUAUGCCCGCUCUGGAGGAUUCUCCAUUACUGGAAAGAUCAAGACGGCCCUGAUUGAGAAUGCAAUCUACUAUGGCACAUACCUUUUCAUCUUCGGCUCUCUUCUCAUCUAUGUGGCUGUGCAUCCUCAGUGGCACCUCUCCUGGUAUGAGCUGCAAACCAUCGGCAUCACUGCGGCCAACACUUGGGGUCUGUUUCUUCUAGUGUUGCUGUUGGGCUACGGCCUGGUCGAGAUCCCCCGCUCGUACUGGGAGUCCUCAUGCCAGGGUCACCUUCUCAUCAAGACUUACUUCAAAGCAGCCAAGCUCAUGACAGAGAAGGCCGAUUCAGAGGAGAACCUAGAAGAUGUCAUGGAGGAAGUGAGAAAAAUCAAUGAAUCGAUCAAAUAUAAUCAUCCAUUAAGGAAGAACGUAGACACCAUUCUCCGAAAGUGCCCAGUUGAAUAUCAGGAGAAAAUGGGCAGGAACAUGGAUGACUAUGAGGAUUUCGAUGAUAAACAAAACGCAUAUCCCUCUGAAAGAAGCCUUUCGAAACUACACAAGCAGGUGAUCUACGCAGUGCAGCGGCACAAUCGCACACGAGUUCAGUGGCAGAUAUUGCUGGAACAGGCUUUACAUCUCGAGGACGUUGCCAAGAACGAAACCAGCACCUCUCGGCAGUUCGUUCACAGCUUUGCCCCUCCAGAACCUGUAGGCUGGUUCAGACGCUAUAUUUAUACUCCCACAGUAGAGUGGUACUGGGAGUGUUUGCUGAAGCAGUGGUUUUACCGUAUACUGGCAGUGGUUCUGUCACUCUUUUCGGUGGCUGUGGUUUGGUCUGAGUGCACUUUCUUCAGUACUCGUCCCGUUCUGUCACUCUUUGCUGUGUUCAUCCAGCUUGCUGAGAGAGAUUACAACUACCUGUACAUUGAGAUGGCGUGCUUCAUUACAAUCUUUUUCCUCUGCACCUGCGUCUACUCCACUGUGUUUCGCAUCCGAGUCUUCAACUACUACUACCUGGCCUCACAUCACCAAACCGAUGCCUACAGCCUGCAGUUCAGUGGCAUGCUUUUUUGCCGCUUGACUCCACCACUUUGUCUAAACUUCCUGGGACUGAUUCACAUGGAUUCUGCCAUAUCCCACCAAGCAAAGGAGCAGACGGCAUACACCUCUAUCAUGGGUUCCAUGCGGGUCCUGUCCUUCAUUGCCAACGGCUUCUACAUAUAUUACCCCAUGCUGAUUGUCAUUCUUUGUAUUGCUACAUUCUUCAGUCUUGGGACACGUUGUCUGAACCUCCUGGGUUUCCAGCAGUUCAUGGGAGAGAACGAAUUGACUUCUGACCUCAUAGAUGAAGGCAGAGAACUCCUGCGCAGAGAAAGAAGAAAACGGCAAAGAAUAGAAGAUGGGGAAAACAGACGAAGAGAAUGGAGAGAGCGUUAUGUUCAGCGAGAUGAUACUGCUGCCAGAAACCGAACCUCCAUGUCUGAGAUGAAGGAAACCAACUACGGCGAAACCCUAAAUUCAAACACAAACCGACAGGCCAAGUACACGCGUAGCAGCAACCAGUCAGGGCGAGACAGCAUUGAGUUGUUGCAAGACGCUGAGCCAUUGGACUUCAAUGCUGAGACACUUACUGAUGACCCUUUGCAAUCUGACCCUGGCAGACAUGCUGGUGGAAGGUACCUCUCAAUGUCGUCUUCUCGAAGCCGAAUCUUUGAUGAUGUUUAAUGUCUCUUUUUGGUCAAAAACACUGUCUAGGGGAAAUAAGAUGAAUUUUACCUCUAAAAACACUCUCUAAGGUGUGGUUUGUUCCUCUCUUUUCAAACAUCUUCAACUUCCUGUAUCCUGCAAUGCAGUGUAGUUAUCUGCAUGCGUCCUGAUAAACUGGCAGCCACAUAGAGAAAUGCACACACUCAUUUUGAAGUGCCAGGCAUUCAGACUGCUGCAUGUGACAAAUGGGUUUUUUUGUUUUGUUGCUCAGUUUCUUUAAUCCAUUUCAAGAAAUGAGUCCAAGUUAAUGUAAAGUUGAACAGUCGAAACACUGAGCCAUGAAAGGUACUACAGACAGACAGGAUUUAGCUGUUUUUCAUCUCACAUAUAUAUAUAUAUAUAUAUAUAUAUA